CAUAUAGCGAGAUGUUCUCAUUUGUGACAAUCCCGUUUUGGGAAUCCGGUGUAACGGGAUAGCGAGCAGUUAUGUAAGCAGAAGAAUAGCAAAUAAGACUUUUUUGUAGUUAGUUUGGUUACGUCAGCGAGCAGUUCGGCCGUCAGUAGCUCGUGCAGUUCGGAUGGAGGCGGCUUCCUCAGCUUAGCAGCUCUGCGUUUCGCUAGAUAAUGAAGACGGACGGGUCAAGGGAAGCUCGCGCAUAAGCGACGAAUUCAAAAUGUGCUUCAAUGAGGGCUUUUAACCGAUCGCCAUUUUAUUUGUAUGGAUCGAAGGAUACCUGCAUUAAAAGCAAACACCAAAGAUCUCUGUGAUGAAAACGAUGACGAUCAGUCCCGUCCAGGAAGGCAUGAAAGAAGAAUACAUUGAGCCAGAAUUUCCAUUGCUUUCUUCUGAAGAAGAAAUUCACAUUCUACAUGCAAGAGUGCAGCAGCUGGAGAAAGAAAAAGCAGACCUGGAAAAGGAGAACAGGCACUUAAAAGAUAUGUUGGUCAGUGAAAUUCCUUCCCUUUUGUCAACAAUGAGGCAAACCAUUUCCGGUGAGGAAAAAGAGACUCCUCCUUUAGAUGUGUUCAGUAAUGAUGAAGACGACUCCUUCAGUAGUGCAUACACUACACCGUCACUUCAAGCACAAUCACCGGUACAGGCAUCGGAGGAGGCAAAUCUCUAUAAUCCCGCUCAUGCAACAAAUUAUGUGGAAGUGUACAAAGGAUCAAAUGUUUUUUGUGACGGCAUGGUGUGGAAGGCAGCCACUCAAGCAAAUUCUCCAACUGCUAUGGCCAGGACCUUUUUGCUUGGGGUAUUUGAUAUGGCUACUCUGUUGAGAAGUAACCUUAGAGGUGGCAAAAGUAAAAGAGCGAAUUAUGCAGACCAAAAAGAAGGAUUAGAUCCUGCAAAGCUUGACGCAAUUUACAAUGCUACAUUGGAGAAAUUCCCCAAUGCCAAAAGGGGACAAAUCGGUGUUGGGAUUAACUCAAAGCUAUCAGAAAUCAGAUUUAGAUACAGACGCAACAAGCAAGAUAAAGGAUGUGAUAUUUUUUGUUGACACAAGCACAAAUGAAACCAUUUUGAAAUUAUGUCACAGAAAUAAACUGCUGAAGAGCAAAAUGUUCCAUGGCACCAGAAGAGCAAGGAGCUGUCCAUGAAAGUCUGUACUUCAGAUGGAGCAAACCAAGCGACAGUCUGAAUGGCCCUGUGUGAAGUGAUCUAUUCUCUAAACUCUGGCUGUAUAUUUUUCUUUUAUUAUUUGAAGCAUUAAAUAAAAUUAUUAGAGCAUGACACUUCUUCCAAAA